ACUCUCAAGAAUUUUGGACUGACGACUAUUUCACAAAUCCAUACAGUGAACAGCGAAUAGUGAACCUCUAAUUCGAUGCAAAUAAGAUUUAUUAUAGGAUGUUUUAAUAUACAUAUAUGAAAUAACACGGUUGGAUAGAUCAAAGAAGUGUCACGUGUGACGAGUCCGACGUACAUAUUAUGCAACAUUAGCAUAAUAGUUAGAUAUGUAGGGUAUGAUUUUCUGAGAGUAGAGGGAAAAAGGUUGGUGUAUCCAAGAAGAGGACGUCAUUCGAUUUAAUGUCUUUUGGUCAUCCUGCCAAGGAGUAUCGUGAAUUUGGAGUGAUAAAAAAUUGAAUUUUAUUCCACGCAACAUAUAUGUGUAUACCUAAGGCCUCGAUCAAAUGAAUUAAAUAUAUCAGAUAUCGAAUGAAGUCGAAAUUUGUAUAUCAUUUGCAAUUACUGCCAAUUGCCACGGCUAUCACAUUGAAUUACUAUAUACUACUUCAAUAUGGAGGAAGAUUAUACCUCGAUUAAAAUAAUAAGAGUGUAUAUGAAAUUUAUCGGUAUGUGGCAUACUGAAAAUCCAUGCGAGGAAUAUAUCUAUAUCGGUCUCAUUAUAUACAUAUCAAUGACUUGUGUAGUAGCCGGUAUAGUAACGGGUUUGGAUUUGUAUCAUUCGUUAGGAAAUUUAUACGCAAUUUCUAAUGCUACGCCAUGUACGGAAACAACUGCUUUGGCAUUAGGAGCUAUGGUGAUUUUGACCAGAAAUCGAAGAAAGUUAAUUCAACUGGCAAAAUAUAUGAAUGAAAAUUUAUGGAGAUCUGGAAAAAAUCCAGUCGCUACAGACGUCUUAGAUAAAUGCAACAGACACUCUUUAUGGAUAAUAGCUAUAUUUUUGUCUAUCAGUCAACUGAUGGUUGUUCAUUACGUUAGUGGACCCAUUUUUGAUAUGAUGGACGAAAAUGUAACUGAAAAAACUUUACCGUUCAAGUUGUGGAUUUCCCAAGAAAUAAUUCCCUAUAGCAGAACUCCGUAUUACGAGAUAGUUUACACAGUACAGAGUCUGGCAACAGUGAGUGUGGGGGUGACAACGGCAUCGGUAGGAAUAUUUUUCUGUACAACAAACAUAUACACAGCUGGACAAUUAGAGAUUUUGCAAAUAAAUUUAGGAACACUGUGCGAAAUAGAUUUCGAAAAAUUCGCAAUAGACGUUAACGACGAAAUAGCCUUGAUGCAUAAGAUUUAUGAAAAUUUAAAGGAAUACAUAAAACGUCAUCUGAUUUUAAUUUCCGUGAUUGAACAAAUGGAGGAUAUGUAUUGCUAUAUAAUGCUGGCACAAGCUUUAAGCUCGACCUCGCUUAUAUGUUUAACAGGUUUUCAAUUAGUUACGGUCUCAGAUAUGACUACUCACAGAAAGCUGCUAUGUUGCGAAUAUUUUCUCGCAAUAAAUUGCCAAUUCUUUUUGUUCUCCUGGGUCUGUCAUCAAGUCAUCAUGCGAAGUCUGGAAGUGGCAGACGGCGCGUACAAUGCAAAUUGGCACAAGAUUCCUUACACUGGAAAAGGGAAAGACAUACGAGAUGGAUUAAUGCUAAUAAUCUUAAGAUCCCAUAGAGCAUGCAGCCUAAGCGUGGGAAAAUUCUGUCCACUGUCACUAGAAACAUUUGCAUCGGUCUUGAGCACAGCAAUGUCCUACUUCACUGUACUGCGUCAAGUGAGCGAGGAAGAUUAAUAAAUUAAUUAAACAAUGAAAAUUGUGCACAGCGCCGGUUAUAUCUCUGUAGACUAUGAUAAUAGAUUAGGUAGACAGUACAUGAAAAUUUGUAUAAAAAUACUGAUAUUAAAUCACAGCAC